AAAUCAAAGUCAGGAAGGCCGUCGACCACUGCUUAAAUAUGUUGUCGUCCUCCAUACAGGAUUUCGCUUUAGAGUGUCACGGUUGUCACAAUGUGACGUACGAAUAAACCCCUCUGUCCCGAACGAGAUGGAUCAUCAUCACCGACGAUAGAAUUUUACCCCAUUAACAUUAACUACCAUGGUCUCCUCUUCAGAACACAUACAGCGUAGUAAUGGCAGUACUUCAGACAACGGUGAAGACUCACCUCUGUCUCAGCUUUUGUUUGUCUCCACCACCGUCCUGCAGCAAGCCGUUGACCUCGUGGAGAACGUCCUCACCACCGACGACCAGCUCACAACUCAGUCCAAAUUUUUGCCUGGUUCCACAAUAGGUAGACAUCUGCGGCACGCUCGCGACCACUUCGUUUUGCUCGUCGACUGUAUCGCUGAACCAGAACCUCACAUUCUAUCCUAUGACACUCGUUCUCGCAAUACGCCCAUGGAAACAAGUCUUGGUAGUGCAAGAGACUCGUUGAAAGAUGCAAUAUCGCGACUUGAGGACAUCGUACCUAAAACCAGCCUGGAACAACCUAUGACUCUCAACGCCGUCACUCCCUUCAUGCAAACACUCGAAACUACAUUUGGAAGAGAGCUAUGGUUCGCGAGUUUGCAUGCCGUUCAUCAUUGGUCAAUGGUCCGUGUCAUAGCUGGAGAAAUGGAUAUAACUUUGCAAGAUAGCUUUGGUUUUGCUCCAUCGACGCUGAUGUACAAAGGAACCGAUGUUCUUUCUGGCAAGGCAAAAAUAUGAACUUGAGUGAUGCCUUCGUAUAUGUUGUUACCUUAAAAUAUAUGUCUCUCGCACAAUACAAUUUGCAUCAUGUUUCGUUUCUUUCUUCGUUUCAGUGGACAAGUCCAUUUAAAUUAUGGGUACAUAGAUUUAAAAUCGCUCAAACUUUACCAAGUCUGCUAAUUUCACUCAGAGAAAUACCCAGAGACAUCUCUUGACAGUUGUCCCCCAAAUUGAUCCUCAGGUUGAAUGAUAUACAUCACAGGUGUCAAAUAUAACAAGGUUUUAUAUUAUCUGGUUAUCUGGUUC